AUGAAACUUGGUCAAUAUUCUUCUCCAAGACUUCACAACUUCUCUUCCGUUGCUGAUAUUUUCUUUUGUUACUCUCAGAGAAUCCACAAAUACACCACCGCCACCACCACCACCAUCGCCACCCCCAGCACCAGUUACAACAGCCGCCAUUCCUCAAAACUCCAUAAUGCAGAAGUUUCUCGUCGUAAUGAUCAUCGCCGCCAUUUUGGCCUGUGUAUCCACCUUUCAGUCUGUUGAAGCAAGACAAGAUGAGGUCACAGAAAUAAUUGGUUUAGCCAGCAAAAUUCUGGAGAUAGCAAUUCACAUGGAUAAACCGCGGGGUUUGUCCAAACGUAAUCAUGGCAUGAUCGAUACAUUGAUUAACAUUCCUGAUUUGGACAAGGUCGGCAGAAAGUAAAGAAUGAGAAUAAUAUUAUGAAUAAUAGAAAUUAUAACUAUAAUUAUAAAAAUAAUAAUUAUAAGAAUAAUAAUAAUAAUAA